AUGGAAUUGCAACAAGACGCACUGGACGAGGUUUUCCGUCGUCAUAAGCAGUAUUUUCAUGAAUUUCUAAGCAAUGAGGGCAGUUUUGGUCAUUAUGCAGAAAAAUUACGCAGUAUGAUGCAUCAAAAGAGUACACGAUUAAUUGUUGACCUGAAUGAUCUUCGUGAAUACGACAGUUCAUUUACGGAUCCAGCAGUAGACGGGCAAGAGAAUAAUAUUGUAAAUCGAUUAUUGCAGAAUCCAGCAGAAUUUGUACCACCGUUUGAAGAUGCAGUCAAAGAAAUGGUGUUUAAUCUAGACAGUCUAUAUGGUAGCAAAGAAGCUGAAGCUACAAAGGAGAUGCAGUUUUAUGUGGGAUUUGAAGGAGAUUUUGGCCAUCAUAAUGUAAACCCAAGAGGUCUCUUGGCUUCGUACCUUACCCAGAUGGUAUGUGUCCAUGGUAUCAUUACAAAAUGCUCGGCAGUGCGACCAAAGGUUGUACGUAGUGUACAUUAUUGCAAGGAAACAAAUGCGAUUUUAUCCAGGGAGUAUAGAGACAACACGUCGAUUACAGGUGCUCCGACAUCUAGUGUCUAUCCGACAAAAGAUGAGCAUGGCAAUUUGUUGGAGACGGAAUUUGGACUAUCGCGAUAUAAGGAUUACCAGGUGGUUAGUAUGCAGGAAACACCCGAGACGGCACCACUUGGACAACUCCCAAGGUCGUGCGAGAUCAUUGUUGAAAACGACAUUGUGGACAAGUGUAAACCGGGGGACCGUGUUCGUGUGGUCGGUAUUUACCGCCCACUCGGUGGAAAUAGCACAGCUGCAUCGACAGCAGUUUUUAGGACGGUACUUAUUGCUAACAACGUUCAGCUCAUGGGUAAGGAAGUGAAUGGCAUUGUUAUGUCGCGUGACGACCUGGUGAAUGUCCGUGAGUUCGCAAAACGCCUCGACGCGUUUGAAAUGCUCUCACGAUCGAUAGCGCCGUCUAUCUAUGGUCAUGGCGAGAUCAAGCAGACGCUGCUGCUUCAGCUACUAGGUGGUGUUGAGAAAAACCUGGAGAACGGGACGCAUCUUCGUGGUGAUGUCAACAUUUUGAUGGUGGGUGAUCCAUCGACAGCCAAGUCUCAGCUCCUACGUUUCGUCCGAACGAUCGCGCCUCUUGCCGUCAAUACCACAGGUCGUGGUUCGUCUGGUGUUGGUUUGACCGCUGCUGUGACGAUUGACCCUGACACCAAAGAGCGCCGACUGGAAGCCGGCGCUAUGGUGCUCGCUGACCGCGGUAUCGUAUGCAUUGACGAGUUCGACAAGAUGAGCGAAGCAGAUCGUGUGGCUAUUCAUGAAGUCAUGGAGCAGCAGACAGUGACAAUUGCAAAGGCUGGCAUUCAUGCCACUUUGAAUGCUCGAUGUAGCGUUCUCGCUGCGGCCAACCCCGUGUAUGGUCAAUACAACAAGAACAAAAAGCCACAGGAGAACAUUGGUCUACCGGAUUCGCUGUUGUCCCGUUUUGACUUGCUUUUCGUGGUGCUUGAUCGUCUGGACCGUGGUGCGGACCGCAACAUUUCAGACCAUGUCCUGCGCAUGCAUCGGUAUACUCGCCCGGGCCAGGAAGGCGUUCCUCUCUCGUUUGAAGUGAGCUCUACGGAUCACAUGGCUUUGUUCAGCGAAUCGACUGAUGAUCAAUCCGACCAGUCUAAAAGCAGCAUUUUUCAAAAGUUCGACCCGCUGCUUCACGGUGAAUACCAGUCGUCAUCGUAUGCUGGUAGUGGCAACGGUAUCCUCAAGCUAGACUUCCUCAAAAAGUACAUUUAUUACGCGAAGAUGCGUUACCAACCCGUGCUAACAGACAGUGCGAUCGAGCUAAUCUCGGAGGGAUAUGCAGAGCUUCGUUCUCAGCAGAACGCGCGGACACUGCCAGUGACUGCGCGUAGUUUGGAAACGCUGAUUCGUCUUGCGUCGGCACAUGCAAAAGCGCGCCUGAGCAAGACGAUUGAUGCUGUGGAUGCUGAGAAGGCUAUCUCUCUCAUUAGUUUUGCUCUGUACCACGAUGCGUCAGAGCCCCAUUCAGACAAUGCCUCCGUAGCUGCAAGAGCAGAUGAGCUUCGAGAACCAGAGAUGGGCAGCGAGAAGGCCAUGGCAGAACUAGAGAUUGAGACACCUGAGGCUCCAGAGAAACCUAUAAUUAGUGCCAAAUCAAGGAAACGUGACCGAGCAUCAUGGAGUUCUUCUUCCCUUGCCGACGAUGUUUUAUGCGUCUUGUCAGAGAUGGGCAGUGAUACGAACAUGGAUGAUGCUAACGACAAUAUCAGGCUGUUGAGCAUCCUCUCGCGACUGAAUGGUAGUCGCUCUCAAGGCGCUGUAGUACCCCGUGCUGAAUUGGAAAAGGUUUUAUUGGAUCUGGAGGAGCAGAAUAAGCAUUCCCAGUCUCUAAGCAAGUGUAUUGGACAAAGGUUUCAAGUGAUCAAAAGAGACGUUGAUGGCUAG